AUGGACAUCAUCCCGUCGCUGUACCUCCCACCGCCGAUGAUGCCGUACCGUGUAUACGGCCACAACUACCUGGACAAGACGUCCCUCAUCCAGGUGACCAUCGGCCACUUCACCUCGCGUUUCGGGAACGACUCGUCGCCGGCCGUCAACCUUCAUCAUCUAUUCGCCGACUCGCAGUACGACGAUCGCAUCCUGCAUUCGUCGCCCUUGCUCAAGCUGGUGAUGACCGCGACGCCGGUCGUGACGUCGGCGCCCUACAGUAUCCCGUUGCCGAUGCGAGACCAGAACGUUGUGUUCACAUUCCAGGUUUCCUCGGCUGACGCGCUUUCGCUCGAGUUCUCGCUCUAUCCUAACUUCGGUACCAAGACGAUGGGGCGUGCGAUCGCCCUACCCGCUAUGUUCAAGGAUGCGAAGAACAGCCAUCCGUUUACUCUGCCGAUUCUGGACUCGCGUCUCCAUGUCAUAGGAGAGGUUUCCUUCGAAGUGAAUAUCAUUACCCCCUUCAGCGGUGUGACGCUGGAGAUAGGAGGUGCGGUCGAGACCUACUGGAAGUCUUUAGCCACUCCUGUGCCCACACCCGGCGCGAGAUCGACAACCCCGCGGCCUAUGCAGCCAGGACGUCCGACGGGGUCUGCUCACGCAUCACCUGCAAACCCUUUCUUGACCGUAUCAGGGGGGCAUUCUCUGACUCAUUCCUCCGUCACCGGGAGUUACAUCUACAUCACUGUGCAAGUGACACGAGAUCUACAUCCGGUCGUCUUUGCCGAAUGGCUACUUCCUGAGACUGGAUACGAUGUCGGCGUGGCUGAUGUCACUCUGGAGCAGUUCGAGCAGCUAGCUAUACGUUCAGGACGGCACAUAUUCCCCUCAGAGCAAACUAAUUUCUCACCAGUGCAAUGGCAUCGCUCAAUAUCGCGGUCCAUGCUCUCACUGGCGUCAUUACUGAAGAUUAUCCCUCCAAGCAUGGGUGUUUGCCUUGAAGUCACAUAUCCUUCUCUGCGAGUCAGAGAUCGGCUUUCUUUGCGACACCAGCUGGGUCUGAAUACGGUCACGGACUCUAUACUGCGGACUGUCUAUAGUACCACGCCUUCGACGGCAGGCCCUAUUGUACGACGGCCGGUUGUCUUCACGUCAUUCUCCCCAGACGUUUGUGCCGCAUUAAACUGGAAGCAACCAAACUAUCCAGUAUUUUUGGCCUCACAAUGCGGCGAGCAUAGCCGUGCGCUUCCAAGUGCCACUGCCCUCGGCAUUGAUGACGUACAGGAUUAUCGGUUCUCGAGCCUCGACGCAGCCGUCGAGUUUUCCAAAUCCAAUAACCUCUUGGGCGUGCUACUAGAUGCAGGACUCCUGGUGAGUAGUCCAAGUUUUUCUUGUAUACAAUUGCUGGUGUUGACUGACGGACGGUAG